GGAAUGACACUGCAGCAGCAACUUACUGGCAAGGCAAAAGAAAAAGAAAACAGACAACCAUGGAUGCUCCUCUCUUGCAUGAAUUCAAAAGACAAGCUUCAUUUUUCCUCAGGGAAAAGAUCAAGACUGCAAGAUUGGCCUUAACAGAUGUUACCCCUACAGAGAUAUUGACAGAAGAGGCGACGAAUGGGGAUUUGGGUGCAGCAAAUGUGCAGGCGAUGAGACUGAUUGCGCGGGCAGCCUUUGAAGUGGAUGAUUAUUGGAGGAUUGUUGAUAUUCUGCACAAAAGGCUGAUGAAGUUUAGCAAAAGGAAUUGGAGAGAGUCCUAUAAGGCUCUGACAUUGUUGGAAUAUCUUCUCACCCAUGGACCAGAAAGUGUUGCAGAUGAGUUCCAGAGUGAUGAACAAGUUAUUACAGAGAUGAUCAGCUUUCAAUAUGUUGAUGAAAAAGGGUUUAAUUGGGGAUCAAGUGUUCAGAAGAAAUCUGAGAGAGUAAUCAGGCUGCUGGAAGACAGAUCAUAUCUCAAGGAAGAGAGAACCAGAGAGCGCAAAGUCACAAACGGGAUCAAUGGCUUUGGUAGCUUCUGCAAAAACUCGGUUUCUGAGGAAGAAACCAUGAAAGAUGCCACUUCUCAGAGGUAUCUGAGGUGCAACUCUCAUUUCUGCAAAAACUUGAUUUCUGAGGAAGAAAGCACGAAAGAUGCCACUUCUGAGAGGUAUCUGAGGUGCAAUUCUCAUUUCUGCAAAAACUCGGUUUCAGAGGAAGGGGACAUGGAGAACAAAACCAUGUUCUUGAACAAGCAAAGUCGGAGCCAUGGUGAAUACCACAAGACAGCAGAUGAAAAUGACCAAAAUGGAUGGGGUUUAACUAGUGCAAGAGAUCAUCAUCCAUUCUUUGAGAAAGGGAGUCACAGUAGACUCUCCCUGCUUUCCUCCACAACUUAAAUCUUGGAUGAAUUUCAAAUUUUGCAUUAUGGUGAAUACAGAUGUUUGUAAAACUAUGCACUCUUGUAAAUUUACAAGUUGCUGAAGGUAAAUAGGCUUUGUUUGCAAAAA